AUGAGACUUACCCGCUCAUUAAAGGCGUUGUUUGAAUUGAAUGAAUUAGGAAGUUGGUUUGUUGUAAGUAAGGUAAAGUAUAAUGGUAAUGCUGGUUCUUUUGCAAUUAAAAUUGAGCCAUAUGCUUAUGACCCUCUUUUUAUCGAAAUAACAGUCUUUCAACGUUACUUAUGCCCCAGAAACUCGCUUCAUGGAUGGAUGAAAAAAACUGAAAAUUUUUGCAUGAAAUCGUUGAGAUAUAAGAGUGAUUAUUUUAUGGAUAUUACACGUGUCGGUUUACCUCCUUACGUAAGUAGUGGAUUAUUCAGUCUCUCUAAUAGAGUUGUCUAA